AUGGCUCACAUUCCCCAAACCCAGGUCAUUCACCAUGUCUGUACCAAUUUAACAUUGGGUGAGUGUCCUUGUGACAAAAGUUUGCCAUGUCCCUUUAUACCCAUUGUUAAUGAUGGAAGCCAAAGUCGUCACACAAAGAUGAAGGAUCCUGCACCUGCUGAACCUAGAAGGUGGGGCUACUCCACCUAUUUGAUGCUUUAUGAUGAUCCAUGGAAGAUAAGGAAAAGGCUCACUGUGAGUGAUCUUGGAAACUUGAGAAGACUCUUGUUGCACAAAGACUUGGUUGAGGGCUUGGUGCUUCCUGUGUUGAGCUCCGAGGCCCAAACCGAGGCUUUGAGUGAAAAUGGAACCAUAGUUUCAAUUUGGGAUGUGGACACUGAAUCCAUGCAUUAUAUGGUUUUUAAGCAAUGGGUUUCUUCAAAAAGCUAUGUUUUCAUUGAUGACUGGACCAAUAAUUUUGUGAGAAGAAGGGGUUUGAAGAUAGGGGAUGAAAUUAGACUUCACUGGGAUCCAUACAAUAACCGCUUUAAUUUUUCUGUUCUUUACAAUUAG